AAUGAAACACUAAGAUAGAAGCUUCUCGAUUGUGCUUUCUUCACAAAUAAAUUUGAAGUAUUGGUAAUAAAGAUUUGAUUGAGUACAAAUAAAUAAUUGCAAUUAAAGAUGAAGAUUAAAUUUUUAAUGAAAAUUGUUAAUUUUGUGGUGAUUCAAUCGAUUAUAUUUUGUUAUGGUGUGUCUGGAUCGAUCAGUCAACCUAAUUUAAUUAACUCAAAACAAAACGGUCUAUCACCUGUUAUAUUUAUUCCGGGACUUGGGGGUAAUAGACUCCAUGCAAAAUUGGAUAAAUUAAGCGUUCCCCAUCGAUGGUGUCGCAAGCAAUGCGAUUAUUGUGAUAUUUGGUUGAAUUUAUUUGAAAUGUUGCCAAAUUCGAUUGAUUGUUGGAUAGAUAAUAUGAAAUUACAUUAUGACAAUGUUACGCGAAAAACACGAAAUACAUACGGUGUUGAGAUUCGAUUACCUGAAUUCGGAAGGACAGAAGCCAUAGAGUGGCUUGACACAACACCCAUUGUUGACCACUUUGAUUCCGGUGCAUAUUACUAUCAUCUUGCAUAUGCGCUAACAAAUCGUGGUUAUGUUCGCGGUAAAAAUCUCUUUGGUGCUCCCUAUGACUUUCGCAAAGGGCCAAACGAAAAUGAAGACUGGUUUGAACGAUUGGCGCAGCUGACUGAAUAUGCAUACGAAACAAAUAACAAUGUUGGAGUAACUUAUGUUGUUCACUCAAUGGGUGGAAGAAUGCUGCUGUACUUUCUUCAAAACAUGUCAAAAGAGUGGAAAGAUCGAUUUGUGAAACAAAUGAUAAGCGUAUCGGUUCCAUAUGGGGGCAGUGUUCAAGCGGUUGUUGCUUUGACGGUAGGCGAUACUUUGAAUUCAAAAUUCUUGAACAAUGUCAAAAUGAAAAGUGUUCAAGAAACAUUUCCAUCAAUUGUGUGGCUAAUGCCAUCACAGUAUUUUUGGAAAUCAGACGAGACUUUGGCAAUUCUUCAAGACAAAAACUAUACAAUUGAAAACAUUGAUGCAUUCUUCAACGAUAUUAACAUGCCGAAUAUAGUCGAAAUAAGAAAAGAUUUAUCUGGUUACAAUGAUGUCACAUCACCUGGAGUUGAUGUGCAUUGUUUGUUUGGGAGCAGUGUUGAUACAGUUGAAAUGCUGAACUUUGGCGAAAAAUAUAAUUCAAAACCAGAAUUAAUUAGAGGCAAUGGAGAUGGUGUUGUGAAUGAUCGUUCACUAAAUGGAUGCAAAUAUUGGAUAAAUACAACAGCUCAAGGGAAACACAAGAUUUAUUGGAAAGAUUUUCCAGGAGCCCAGCAUAUCACUAUAUUGAAUGAUAAAGGUCUCAUAAACUAUAUUUUGAAUAAGCUCACCGGAUAUCACGACUAUCCUCGGGCUGACGAACAAAAACACUUGAAAAAUAUCUAACUAGUUAGUAGAAAUGAGCCCAAUUUAGAAUGAACUUUAUUAAGAAAAUAAAAUAAAGUAUGAACGUGAAUGUAAUUCAGAAUACUAUUGUAUUCAGAAAGAUGCUGCAAUUUUGAAAUAAAAUGAAAAAUCUUUAUUUAUUCUAUUGGCAAUUGAAA